GUGAAGCUUUUUGACAUUUUUUUAGUUUUCUCUUACCUCUCCAUUUUCCUUGCCUCCAUAUUCUGCACACUCGUCAGACGGUUUUGUUUGUUUCUAAAGAAAGUGUUUUGAAACUUAAGUCAAAGUCAGGAGAAUUUCUAGGAGGCAUUUCGAAUGUCUCGGUCAGUGCGAGCGGAAACACGUAGCAGAGCUAAAGAUGACAUCAAACGUGUCAUGCAAGUGGUCGACAAAGUCCGGCAUUGGGAAAAGAAGUGGGUUACCAUCGGAGACACAACAAUGAAAAUUUUUAAAUGGGUCCCAGUUUCGCAAGUUGAAAUGGUGAAAAAGAAAAGCAAAGAUUCAAAGAUGAACAAAGAAAAUGACACAGCCAAGAAGGAGUCAUCUUUUAUCAGUUUCAGUGGCGAAGAUUCCAACACAAGUUUUUCCCUGACAAGUGAAUCUCAAGGUCCACUGGAUUUUGCUUCCACCCAGCUUAUGGCUUCAGAAGACUCCAAUUCGCUAUACGAGCCUGGAGUCAAACGAUUAAAAAUGGAAUGACCAAGUAUGUUUGAAUUAUUUUAUGCUAUAUUUCAAAAGUGUGUGCAAAAUUUUCCAACUGAUACUCUUAAUAAAUUGUUUUUUAAAUUACAAA